UGUGUGUGUGUAUGUGUGUGUGUGUGUGUGUGUAUGUGUGUGUGUGUGUGUGUGUGUGCGUGUGUUUGAUGCUUGUUUUAUUAGUUUCUUUCCUUCAGUUGAGUUUUAUUGUAAUUAAUUUUUUUUUAACGUACUAUUGCAGUUUAUUCACAAUAUACGGUCAAAACCCUUCUUCUCGGAAAAUACAAAAGAAUCUACCUUUUACUUAAUUCUUGUAUAUAUGUUAAUUAUAAAUGCAUUCUUUUUACUAAACGAAUUAUUAUUCUAUCUAUUAGAGUGUCG